UUUUAAAAAGUUUUUGUUUGAAGUGCACAAUGCCGGUUUCAUUAAAAUUUUCGGCAGUCGCUAUUUUAUUUGCUAUGUUUUGCUAUGCCGAAUGUUCCGGGAACUGUCUUAAAUAUGGACAUGCAUGUUGGGGUGCUCACGGUAAAAGAAGUGGUUCCCACACCCUUCCAGUGGAGAAAGAGGAAGUUACAACUAAGGAUAUCGUUAUCCCCAAAUGGUUUCUUCAAAAGAUCUUGCAAAAUCCGCUUGAACCCCGCUACCUGCGAAGAACGAAUCAGGACUCAGCAGGGCAACAUGGCGAGCAACUUUUUUCAGGCAUUGAUAAUGAUUUAAGUUUUAAAGGUCAAGAAGCUUAUGAUGGAUUCGAAGAUUUAAUCGAUGAUAUGGAUUUUGAAGACUCAAAAAGGGACAACUUACCUAUGGACAGAAAACCGAAGUUACUACUGGAAAAAAGAUCCACCCUUAAACAUUAGUUUGUUUGUUAAACGCGUCUUACCGCAACGUUUUUGGUUUAAUUCACAACAAAUAGUUCAUCCAUAUUUUUAAAAGAUACAAUCAAAUCAACCUGACCUUAUGCGAUCCCAAAUAAUAUAUAAUAUGGGCUGGUAUUAAGAUUAUUU